UGACACAAUGCGCGCGGCCAGGAGGCCAGACGUCAGGGCUCCGGGGCGCUCCCCGACCGGCUGGGCUGGCUUGGUUCGGGUUUGGAUUUGGGUUCAGAGCGUCUGGCUCGGGCAGAUCCCGAGGCCACGGCCGCGCCGGGGAGGCUCCCGGGUCGCCACGCCGGGAACCGGGGACACGCGUGAGCGCGCUGGACGCCAACCCUGCCUCUCUGCCAGGUGGCAGAAAGGAAUGCCACCAGGUCCCCACCGCCGCCUCCCAACCGCUCCCGCCGAUCCCCCUCCGCCCCGGGUCUGAGCUCCCGGAUUCCCGAGCCCGGAAUGAGGACGCGGUCCCUGCUGCUCUGCGGAGUGUCUAUCGCUCUCCCACUCCUGGUCCGAGCAGACACUUGCAAGGACACUGAUAUGCAGCAUGAGACAACCUCAGCGGACCAGCCCUUUGCUUUUAAUUGCACCUAUCCUCCGCUCACAUAUGGGGAAGUAAAUGUAAUGUGGUACCUUCCUGCUAGCAAAUCCCCCGUUUCCAAAGACAAAAAGUCUAGAAUUCACCAGGAACACACCUGGAUUUUGAUUCUUCCCCUGAAAUUGGAAGACUCAGGCAUCUACCUGUGUGUGAUAAAGAAUGCUGACGACUGUCUCAGAAUAUGGAUAAACCUAACUGUUUUUGAAAAACCUUGGUGUAACACUUCCAGAAGGAGUCUACCCAAUUUAUCAGACGACUACAAACAAAUAUUACAUAUUGGAUUCAUUGAUAGUCUGACCUGUCAUCUGGACUUUCCAGAAACUUUCGUUUUGGCUUCAAUAAUGUGGUAUAAGGACUGCAAAUUGAUUACAGGGGCACGGUUUGUUCCUUUGGAAGGGAAGCUUUUCGUGUACAACGUUUCUGAAGAGGACAGCGGGAGCUACGCUUGCACAGCCAAGCUGACACACGAGGGGAGAUCGUACAUGAUUGUGAAUAGCAUCAACGUGAGCAUCAUAGGAAGAGCUGGAAAUGGAAGAAGAAUUCCUAAAAUAAUUUAUCCAAAAAACAAUUCCAUUGAAGUACAACUUGGCUCUGCCCUCAUUGUGGACUGCAACAUAACAGACUCCAAGGAGAACACCAAUCUGCGAUGCUGGAGAGUCAACAACACUCUGGUGGACACUUACUACAGCGAAUCCAAACGCAUCCAAGAGGGGAUUGAAACCAAUGUUUCUUUCCCGGAAUACAUCUUCUACACGGUAAACAUAACCUUCUUAGAAGUGAAAAUGGAAGAUUACGGCCUUCCAUUCAUGUGUCACGCUGGAGUGUCCACAGCCUACUUUAUACUAACGCUCCCAGCUCCGGAUUUCCGCGCUUACUUGAUAGGAGGGCUUAUUACUUUGGCAAUUUUGGUCACAUCUGUUCUGUGCAUCUACAAUUAUUUUAAGAUCGACAUUGUACUUUGGUAUCGAAGUGCCUUCUGUUCUACUAAGACCAUAGAAGAUGGGAAGCUGUAUGAUGCCUACGUCUUAUACCCCAAGCCUCGGAAAGAAAGCCAGAGGCGUGAUGUGGAUACUCUGGUGUUGAAGCUCCUGCCCGCGGUGCUGGAGGGGCAGUGCAGAUACAAGCUAUUCAUAUUUGGCAGAGACGAAUUCCCAGGACAAGCCGUGGCCAAUGUCAUUGAUGAAAACAUCAAGCUGUGCAGGAGGCUGAUCCUCAUCCUAGUUCCCGAAUCACCGAGCGUUGGCUUGUUGACCAACAUGUCAGCAGAACAAAUCGCCGUCUACAAUGCCCUCAUCCAGGUUGGGAUGAAGGUCAUUCUGAUUGAACUGGAGAAAAUCGAGGACUACAGCACCAUGCCAGAGUCAGUUCAGUACCUGAGACAGAAGCACGGGGCCAUCCGGUGGACGGGGGACCUCUCGGCGCCGUCUCCGAGUGCCAAGACCAAGUUCUGGAAAAGAGUGAGAUACCACAUGCCGCCCAGAAGCUGCCCGCCGGCCUGCAGUCCAGCGGCUGAAGCCCGCACCCUGCGGCUCCCCCGCCCGCAGACGGAGACCCGCGUGGGGCUCAUCACUCACUGAAGGAGCGCGCGCGCCCUCGCGGUGGCUCCCGCUGGACAAGGAUGCAUUUCCUUCGGGCUGUCCGCCCUGAAGCUUGCUCUUCUGCACCGCUUCGCUGGUUUGUUUCGAUCAGAGCUGAUUCUUUAGGGAAAGCAGCGCGUCUCCAGAAGGCCUGUUACCUGAAUGGCUCCUGGAGGCGGGAGAGCUCGCGCCCAGCAUGGGGCGGAUGUGGCACUGCGGGCCCCUUGGGAGUGAGCGUAGAGGGCUACAGGGGUGGCUGCACAGUCGGAAAGCUUGCCCGUGAGGCCUGAGGUUGGAGCCUGGUGGCCUGGGGAUGGCUGAAGGGUCGUCAGUGACUUGAGGAGGGCUGGCCAGAACCACACUUUGUCUGCCUGUCCCGUGUCUGGGGGACUCUGCCCCUCAGCCGUAUUUGCCUAGUCGGAACUCCCCUGCCUGUCUCCUUCAGGGCAGGCAAACUGCCUUAACCACAGUUGUGGCAUGGUGUCCCUGGAAGCCACUUCCCGGUCACCUAGAACAGCGGGAGUCCACUGGGUUGCCACUGUGAGUAUCCUGUGGUCACCCACCCAAGGCACCCUGUGCUGUGAAGGAUUUUACCUGCCAAACCAAAAGUAAGAAUUAAAAAAAAAACAAAAAAAAAAAACCAAGAAACAGAAAACCAGGGAUUGAACCCAGGGGUGC